UUACCACAUGUAAAAUUAAUUAAAAAAAAUUAGAAAACAAAAAUGUGUAUAUAUUGUGAGGGCGCUUCUGCGUAGCACUGCCCACGGACAUCGUCGUCGUCACUUUUGGCUGUGGGUGGCGCGAUCGGCAUCGUCAGCUGAUGAGUGGCACCUUUUUUGAAACGUUCUGCAGCUAUCAGACUCUGAUAAAAAACCGUCAUCUGACCGACCUGUCUCUGUCUCACAACGUGGUGGAGGUGAGCCUUUAGACCCCGUACCUUCCCUUCGAGCUUCCGCUUAAAACCCUGGAGCUCCGAAACCGCACUCUGGCUACCAUCACGGCGACGGCUGCUCAAACCCCCUCGAUGUCUCAACCAUCUACGACGACGACUACAGCCACCACGAUGACUGAACAGCAAUUGCAACCAAGUCCUACCACUCCUGGUUGGACGAUUCGCAGCCGCCAAAGAGACCCUAAGGUUUUUGCUGGUCUUCGUGACGAAGAUGUUGAGGACUGGCUCGACAGUUACGACCGCGUGAGCGUCUACAACAGAUGGGACAAUCCCACUAAACUCGCUAACGUGGUCUUCUACCUUACUGAUGUUGCCAAAACGUGGUUUCUGAACCACGAAGAAGAAAUUCCAGACUGGAACGCUUUUACCACGAAGCUAAAGGACAUAUUCGGCACUCCAACUAGCCGCAAAGAGAACGCGAAAAAGAAACUCGAGACUCGACGUCAAGGAGAAGAGACGUACACCUCCUACAUUGAAGACGUCCUCGCGCUCUGCCGUCGCGUCAACUGCGAAAUGCAAGAGAGUGAGCGCGUACGUAACCUCCUGAAGGGAAUUGCGGAGCCGGCCUUCAAUGUUUUUCUGGUCCGAAAGCCCGAAUCGAUAGCUGACAUCACAUCUGUUUGCCAACACCUCGAUGAAAUGCGGACCAUCAGAGUUUCUUGCCCAGCUCAGAAUCUCGGAGAACCAAAAGCGACAAAUUCUGAACUCCGCACCCUCAUUAGAGACAUCGUUCGAGAAGAGCUCCGGGAGAUGCUCAACGAAACACGCCGCGGCGCUGAACCGGCAGCAAGUUCUCCAGACUUGCGGUCCCUUGUCCGAGACGAGUUAGCAGCUCUACCUUCUGCAACUCUUCCUCUCCCCACGCCCGCACCACCAACCUACGCCGAGAUUGCCGCUAGGAUGCCUUCCCCUCAAGUGGCUUCGUUACAACAACUCCACACCCCACCCUCCUUGGCUGCAUUUACUCCAGCCACCCUCACCCCGACGUACCAAUCUUGGAGACCACCCAACCGCCCAGUAUGUUAUUACUGCGGCAUUAGGGGUCACAUUGCCCGCUACUGCAGGAAACGCAGAGAUGACGACAGGUACGACAACUCUUAUCAUCCUCACUUUCGCCGAGAUCAAGGGACCUACAAUGUAGGUCGGAACAACUCCGGCCGCCAAGGAAGUAUUUCCCCUCAGAGGUCGAGAUUUGAAAGCCAAACAUAUCCUAGGCGUCGUUCCCCCUCUCCACUCCCACGCUCUGGGUCUCCGAUGAUUCCAUCUACCCAAACCUACCCUAAAUACCCAGCGGAAAACUAAAAAACGCA